AUGAAUUCGCGAAGCGCUCUCAUCGAUUCCACCAAUACAUCCAGCGACAGCGUCGAUGCCAACGACGCAUCGGCGGUCCCUCAGGACGGGCGACGCAUCUCGCUGGCCAGAGACAGAAACCCACAAAACCUGAGGAUCUCGGUUCCGCGAUCGACGAAAAAAUCCGUGGGCUUCGCCGACUCGGUUGCUGUCGAGCGAUCCGACAGCGGUGCCGCUCGCAUGAUCGGUCCUGACUCGAUCGUGUCGAUCGACGAUCCGAUUGCGCCGCGCGAUGCUGCAAGUGGUGAGGUGCGGACGUCGCAGACUGAGACCGAGCUAAGCAGCAGCAAGGAAAUGCCCGAGCUGUCGCCCCAUCUGGAGAUGGACAGCCCGUUUGAGUGGCAUGUCUUCAACGACCGUGAGAGCGUCUUCAGUAUCUCCAAGAAGAGAGGCCAUGUGUAUCAAAAGUACAAACGAUGCAUGCAGAAGCUUCCGAUGGGCCCGCGCUUCAUUCUCUACGGCAUCUUUGGCAUUGCUCUCCUGGGAAUUCCGGCUCUGGUGGACUAUUUGGUAAAUCUGCGGGCCUCGACGACGGUGCAGGCCGAUCUCCAGGUCUUCAAUCUCGGCAACAUGACAUCGUAUUCGGAGCUGCGCUCCAUCAACUCGCCGUGGUCCAUCGGCGGAACUGCGCUGUUUGUCUGGUCCAUAUUCUUUUGUAUUCUCUGGGCCGUGUACUGGCUCCUCACUUAUGGAGCCGCGGUGGUGCCCGAGAUUCUGUCCAAGCUUUACGAUAUCCUUGUCGGAGACAACAACCCGGAGGUGCACACCGUCUUUGACUACAUGCGGUUCAUGAAGCCGUAUGUGACCUUUUUCGCCUUCGCAAUCAUCACCCUGGUCAUGUUCGACAACACCUUUACCGGAGGAACGACGUCGAAUCCCUUUGCCUUCAACGGUGGAAACAGCGUCAGCGUUAGCACCAACGGCACCGCCAGUACCAACAGUAGCAUCGGCACCAACGGAACCACUCUGAACAGCAACACGACCGCCAACAACACCAACUCGACCCAAACCAACAAUAUCUCACAGCUCGCUCGGCUGCCCUGGCAGGUCGUCGUCCACAAACUCUUGCUCUGUCUGCUGUUUUACGCCAUCAUGCUUGGUGCAGAGCGACUGGUGAUGCAGAUCUUUUCGCUCAGCUUCCACAAAAGCACAUAUCAAGAUCGCAUCGCAAAGUACAGACACAAACACGCCAUCAUGGAGCAUCUCAACAACGCCCGCCUGCACCACAAGCUCAAUCGCGUUACCAACGGCCAGAAGCCCGGAGAAGCGGCACCGAACGAAGCAAAGUCGCCAGUCAAGUUCCAGGCGGCCGCUCUCCGACAAAUCGAGUCCAAGAUACGGACGGCCAAGUAUUGGGCCAAAGACGUGGGUGGACUGGUCAGUCGACUCGUGGGCACGACGCUUGGGAUGGAUGUCCAGAUCGCAGGCGAGUCUAUCAUGGUUCAGUCUCGGAAGGAAGCCGUGGCCUUGGCCAAGGGCAUGUGGACUGCCUUGCGAAAGGAUAAAAGGUCGAUGAUCCUCACCGUAUCAGACUUUGAGCCGUAUUUCGACACUGCCGAGGAAGCCGCCGAGGCAUUUUCGAUCUUUGAUGCCGACGGGAAUGGCGACUUGACGAUGCGGGAGUUCCGAGCGGCAGUCAUCAAGUUCUUUGAGGAGCGCAACUCACUCGAGAUCAGUCUCCGCGACACUGGAUCGACAGUUGGCAAACUCGAUAACAUGGUCAUGUCGAUCGUCUACAUCAUUGUGCUGCUCGUGUCGGUUGGGAUUUGGAACAUCGACAUCAGUUCAUUCAUGACAGCGAUCGCCGCCGUGUGGCUCGGUACGCUGUUUGCCAUCAGCGGCAUCAUCACCAAUGCCGUCGAGAACAUCCUCUUUCUCUUCUUUUCGCAUCCCUUCGACUCUGGAGAUCUGAUCGAGGUGCAAGGGCAGCGAUACUAUGUCAAGGAGUGUAGAAUCAUGCAGGCCAAUCUCAAGCGCCAGGACGGCAAGGAAGUCUACGUCUCCAAUGCGGCGCUAUCGAAGCAAAAGAUAUCCAACAUUCGCCGGUCAGGCGCCAUCACCGAGGACGUCAAAUUUCAGGUGGACUUCACCACGACUCGGGCUCAGGUCGCCGAACUGCAAAAGUAUAUGAUUGCCUUUGUCGAAGACAACGGGCGCGAGUUUAAUCCCAGCAUCAACUUCCAUCUUGUCCAGAUUCUGUCAAAGUAUAGGCAGCUCUUCUUCCGAGCACUGAUCGACGGCCUCAGCACAGUCGGCAUAAGCACUCCCGAUCCCGACGAUCUUUUGGUGCGGCUGAACGCUGUGCCGCCUGAAGUUUUGGGUUGGAACUCCGAGCCGAGUCAGCGGAACAGCGACGAUCGCGAUGACCAUGUCGACGGAGCGGCUGGGGUGGACCAGAGCCAUCUCUGA